UCGCAAUCUUGCAGGAAUGCGACUUGACAGGAUUUGUUGCUGUCUCUGUCAGAGCAACUGAAAUGAAAAUCGUACAUAAUUUCUGUGUGUUUUCAUAUUUAUGUCUGAAUUUCAUGUGAGUGUGUGUGUCCAGAGCUGUAAUUGUCGAUCAAUUGCUCUUCUUUCUGUGUUUCCAACAUUGUCCAAUAUGGCGGCCACUGCUGUUCUUCUCAGCUUCGCUUCUGUCUUGUGUGCUUGAGCUGCUAACAGUGGCUUACACAACCAGUCAGUCAGAUCACUUCGGACACUAAUGUAAACUACAAAGACAUCAGCAAAACACAAUGAAAAUUAGUUUUAUUGCGCUUUCCUCUUUUUGUUAUGCGACCUUUUUAAAAAUUCUGGAUGAGUAUACCGAGUUCAGCUACUGAUAUAAGAAAGCUAGACUUUAACAGCCCCUCCAGGAAGAAGAAAAGUUAUACCCUCAUCAUUUUGUGUAUAUAAAUAUAUAUAUAAAUUUAUAUAUAUAUAAUUAUAUAUAUAUAUAUAUACACAUAUUUUGUACUGAGACGGAAGUUCUAACAACAAUAUAUUAAAAUAAAAAAAUAAAAAAGGAUCGUGGCGAAGGUGAAAACCGAAGAUGCCACUGCCAAAGGGAGGCAAGCCUAGUAAAAUUGUCUAUCCUCCAAAUUGCAAAGAGGUAUCGGAGGAUAUUGGAAAAGAUGAACUUGUUCGAAGACUUAAGAUGUUGGCCAGAGUAUUCCAAGAUAUGGGGCAGGAUGAAAAUGAAAAAUACUCUGAACUAGCAUUACAUCUUGCCACUGAAUUCUUCUUCGAUCAUGCCAGUAAAGAUGUUCGUCUGCUUGUGGCAUGCUGUAUUGCCGAUGUUUUCCGUAUUUUUGCUCCUGAGGCUCCGUAUAGAGAUCCAGACCACUUAAAGGAAAUUUUCAUGUUUUUAGUCAAACAACUACGUGGUCUAGAAGAUCCUGAAUCUCCUUCCUUUAAACGUUAUUUCUAUUUGUUAGAGAAUCUUGCAUGGGUGAAGUCUUUUAACAUCUGUAUUGAACUGGAAGAUAGUCAAGAAAUCUUCUGCAACUUGUAUAAACUUAUGUUUUCAAUUAUCAAUGAAAAGCAUUCAGCAAAAGUUCGUACAUUCAUGUUAGAUAUGAUGGUUCCUCUCAUCACAGAAGCUGACACUGUCUCUCAAGAAUUACUAGAUACCAUACUCAUUAAUUUGAUUGAGCCAUAUAAAUCACAGAAUAAAUUAGCAUAUAAUCUUGCAAAGGAUCUGUUGCGAAAAACCAGCUGUGCAGUAGAGCCAUACAUUCAAACUUUUUUCAACAACUUGCUAAUGAUUGGCAAAACAUCUGAAAGUGAAGUUUCAGACCAUCUUUAUGAAUUAAUCUAUGAACUCAACAUGAUAUCUGGUACCAUGCUUCUAGCAGUAUUACCUCAACUAGAAUUUAAAUUGAAAAGCAGUGAGGAAAUAGAAAGAAAAAAUGUAACUCGUCUUUUGGCAAAAAUGUUCUCAGACCCUGAUUCCGAACUAGCAACACAGCACCGUGUGCUUUGGAAUUGUUUUUUAGGAAGAUUCAAUGAUAUUAGUACCGGAGUAAGAACAGUCUGUGUUCAGUAUGCCCAACGUUUCAUUCUCCAUCAUUCAGAUUUAGUAAAAGAUAUAAUUGAACAACUGAAAAUUCGUCAGCAUGAUCCCGAAGAGACUGUUCGAAUGGAGGUUGUAUCAGCAGUUUUGAAUGCUGCAAAGAAAGAUUUCAAAAUGAUAACUGAUGAACUGUUGGCUUUCAUUAAAGAACGAACUCUAGACAAGAAGUUUAAGAUACGGCGAGAAGCAUUACUUGGACUAGCUCAUCUGUACAAGACUUAUAUUAACCAAGAUCCUGACAACACGGCAAUUGCAAAGCGUCUUGCAUGGGUUAAGGAUAAAGUUUUUCACGCUUAUUAUCAGCAUAGCCCUGAAGACAGGUUACUUGUUGAACGCAUUUUUAACACUUGUCUUGUACCAUAUACACUGCCGACAUCGGAAAGAAUGAAACGGCUUCACAACUUGUAUACAUCUUUAGAUGAACAUGCUCUGAAAGCAUUUAAUGAGUUGUUGAAGUACCAGCAUGGAGUCCGAGUUUGUGUGCUGCAGUGGAUUGAUGCUCUAGAGCAAAAUUUGCAGGGCUGCCCUGCUCCUGUGGUAGCCAAAUUAAUAGCUCUUGCCAGACAGUUACCUGAACCUCACAAAGCUCAGGAACAUCUUAAAAAAUUCAAUCAUAUUUUGAGAGAAGAUAAACGUGUUCGCCAUUGUCUAAAAGCACUGGUCAGCUCAGACUGCACAUGCCGCAAGGCUGAAGAUGCUGUUAAAGAAAUAUUGCGAAAGGUUGGGAAUCCUGGCCAGCAAACUCCUUUCUACACAGCUGUGAAGUCUUUAUUAGAGCGUAUAGCCCCAGUCAUGAUUGAUGCAGAUGCUAUCAGUGCCUUGGUGAAGUACAACUGUGAUGUAAUUAGUGGCUUGAUAUAUGUUGAUGAUGGAGUUCUCGCAGCUGGUGAGAAAGGUUUGAAACUUCUUCUGGCAUUGUCCAGUGUCUUCCCACCCUGUUUUAACAGAGAGAGUGUUUUUGAAGAUUUAUUGACAUUCCUGAAAAAUGAAGAUGAAGUUAUAUCUGAUUUAACUCUUCAAAUAUUUGUGAACACUGGUUCCAAUUUGAAAAAAGACUGUCCAAAUAUAUAUUCAAGCCUGUUGCCAGUUCUUCAAACUACAGCCAAAAUGGGAAAUAUCAGACAAACAAAGCAUGCAAUCAAAUGUAUCAGUAUUGUGUACAAACAUGAAAAGGAAUCUAUUUUACAGCAGGUGUUUGAGCAUGUGAAGAAGUCCUUGAAUCCUGAGUCUGCUAAUUUCCUGACUUCCAUAGUGUCAAUGGGACAUAUUGCUCAAAUAUGUCCGGGAGAAUUUAGUACUGAAAUGAAAAAUGUCGUGUCCAAGUUAAUUGUUAAAGAUUUAUUGAUGCAAGAUCGAACCCAAGGUGUACAUGUUCAUGAUAGCUGGUAUGCAGAUCAUGCUAUUUCUGAAGAAACUCAAGCAAAAGUUUUGGCUAUGAAAAUGUUGGUUCGCUGGUUAUUGGGCUUACGGAAUAAUGCAGGAAAUUCAGCAACAUCUACUUUACGGCUACUUUAUACUGUGAUAAUCCAUGAGGGUGAUCUUAUGGAGAGAGGAAAGAUAAACAAACCUGAAUUAGCUCGUCUCCGGUUACAAGCAGGCUGUUGUAUGUUAAAGUUGGCAGAAGAACCCUGCUUUGCAGAGCUUAUUACCAGAGAACAGUUCCAGGCAUUAGCAUUGCUUAUUAAUGAUAGCUGUUAUCAAGUCCGUCUCCGGUUCGCUAUGAAAUUGAACAAAGGACUGCUAAGUCUUCGCUUACCUCUUGAAUAUAUGAGUAUCUUCUCUUUGGCAGCUAAUGAUCCUGUCAAGGAACGACGAGCUCAGGUGAAGCAGUUCCUUUAUGCAAAUAUUAGCAAAAGGAGAGAAUAUCUCAAACAGCAUGCAACAGCAGGCUCUAAAAUCUUUUCCUUACUCCCAGAUUAUAUGCUGCCCUAUACAAUUCACUUGUUGGCUCAUGACCCUGACCUCAAUUACUGA